AUGAACAGCUGGCUGAAACAAUCUGGAGCGGUAGGCCUGGACAGCCUGGAGCUUGCCGACUUCCCAGACACCGGGCGCGGCGUCAAAACACUACGGCCUUUCAAGGAAGGAGAAAAGAUUCUCACCAUUCCAGCAGGCAUUCUCUGGACGGUCAAACAUGCAUACGCUGAUCCCCUUCUUGGACCAGCCCUGCGCUCUGCGCAACCGCCCUUGUCUGUCGAAGACACCUUGGCUACGUACAUUCUCUUUGUGAAAUCUCGCGAGUCGGGAUACGAUGGCCAGCGAAGCCAUAUAGCAGCGUUGCCUACGAGCUACUCUUCAAGCAUCCUCUUUGCGGAAGAUGAUUUGGAAGCUUGCGCUGGAACUUCCCUGUACACCAUCACGAAGCAGCUGGAGCAAUCAAUCGAAGAUGAUCACAGGGCCUUAGUUGUGCGGUUGUUUGUACAGCAUCCGGAUCUUUUUCCACUGGACAAAUUUACCGUGGAAGAUUAUAAGUGGGCUCUUUGCACCGUGUGGAGUCGUGCGAUGGACUUCGUCCUGGCCGAUGGGAAUUCGAUUCGACUUUUGGCGCCCUUCGCGGACAUGUUGAACCACACGUCCGAGGUCAAGCAGUGUCAUGUCUACGAUCCCUCAUCUGGAAACCUCUCUGUCCUUGCAGGAAAAGAUUACGAAGCCGGAGAUCAGGUAUUUAUCAACUACGGACCGGUCCCGAAUAGUCGCCUUUUACGUCUCUAUGGCUUUGUCAUUCCCGGUAAUCCCAACGACAGCUACGACCUCGUUCUUUCAACGCACCCUCAGGCGCCAUUUUUCGAACAAAAGCAGAAGCUCUGGGUAUCGGCUGGACUUGAUUCGACCGCUACCAUCCCCCUCACUCUCACCGAUCCGCUACCGAAAAAGGUCCUUCGAUAUCUCCGUAUUCAGCGAUUGGACGCUUCGGGUCUCGCUGUCAUAGCGCGCCAGCAAACCGAUGCUACAGAUGGGAAAAUCAGUGAUUCGAACGAAGUAGAAAUCCUGCGGUUCCUGGUGGAAUCCUUUAAUUAUCUUCUAGAUGGUUUCGGAACGCCGCUGGAAAAGCUGGAACAACAACUUGCGGAAGGUGUCUAUUCUCCGGGAGGGAACGCAUGGGCUGCGGCGCACGUUAGCUUGGGCGAACAGCGGGUGUUGAGAUUGGCGAGAAAGAGAGCGGAGGAGUUGCUAUCGGCAGUGGAGAGCGGAAGUGGCAAUGUGAGGAAUCGAUGCGCAAAUUGCGGAAAGGGUUCUGCGCAGUUGAGUUUGUGCGGAAGGUGCAAAGCCGUUGCGUAUUGUGGGCGGGCGUGCCAGGUCGCUCAUUACAAACAGCACAAGGCAAGAUGUCAAGCUACCGCUUCCAAGAGCGGUUGAGGUUCAGGGAUGAUAAUAAAAGUAAUGUAUUAUUCU